AUAUAUAUAAUUGGCUCCUAUGUCCUUAAUUGAUUGACAUAUAGCUGCCACUCUAAUUAUUAUUUACAGCAGCUUGUGGAACGCUGGGACAGCCGGACAAAACUAUUGUCAACAAUGCAAUACUGAUGUGUGUUGCGUUUCCCUUUUGCAAUUUUCACUUAGGCUGUCCGGCUCUAAUAUUGGUCAAACACGGGAGCGUAUUAUUUGCUCAGUGUCAAAUGUGCUGGAAAAACUAACGGAGAAAAGCGUAGUUUUCACUCGACAGCGGCGGCUCAGUGCUUGUCGAAUGCUUGGCGGCAUCGUUUGAAAAUCGCGACAAAAACUAAUUUUAACUCAAUAUGGAAAUUUCGGAGUCGAAUAUUGGCAUAUUUUAUGUUAGCAAACUUCUGGCACUUGCCCCGUACUCGGCCAAAAAGAACUCGAAAGGUCAGCUAGAGAUAACGCGCAGUUGGUUAUUUUCCAUAUACUCGGUGUGCCUGUGCCUGAUCAUGGUUUUCCUCACCUAUCGUGGUCUGCUAUUCGAUGCUAAUUCGAAUAUACCCGUGCGUGCAUCUUUCAGAAUGAAAUCGGCCACCUCGAAGGUAGUGACUGCCUCGGACGUUUCGGUUGUGGUGCUGGCCAUCGUAACUGGUGUCUACUGUGGCAUGUUUGGCCUGCGUGCCACACAGGAGCUGAACACGCGUCUGGACAAGAUCGACAGCACGCUGAGUCCCUACAACAAUGUCAAGAAGGAUCGCUGGCGCGCCUAUGCCAUGGCCACUGUGUCGCUCAUCGUCAUCGGCAUUCUGCUUGGCCUGGACGUGGGCACCUGGGUGCGCAUGGCCCAGGAAAUGAACAUUAGCGACGAGGACACAGGUGAUCACCUCCCAUUGCCAGAGCUCAACGUGCAGUGGUAUAUACCCUUCUAUAGUCUCUACUUCAUAUUGACCGGGCUGCACAUCAAUUUCGCGAACACGGCUUACGGCCUGGCUAGGCGCUAUAAGCGGCUCAAUCAAAUGCUGAGAACCAGCUAUCUGAGUGCAGAACAAACUUAUGGCAAUGCCACAAAUCUGGUCAGGGUGAGCGCUGUGAAGUCCAUCAGCUUCAAGCCAAUGAUGCCAAUGGCUCUGCACGCCAGCUUAACCAAGCUGAACACGGAGACCUUGCCUAACGAAUCCGCCACCAAAAACAAAAGUUUGCUUAUUCGAGCCAUGGCCGACAAUCACGAAUCGCUGGGCAAAUGCGUGCGUUUGCUCUCAAGAUUCUAUGGCAUAGCCGUGCUGUUCAUACUGGUGUCCUGUCUUCUGCACCUGGUUGCCACGGCCUACUUUCUGUUCCUGGAGAUGCUCAAUAAGCGGGACAACGGCUACGUCUGGGUGCAAAUGCUCUGGAUCAUCUUUCACUUUCUGCGCCUGCUCAUGGUCGUGGAGCCGUGCCAUCUGGCGGCGCGCGAGGCCCGCAAGACCAUUCAGAUCGUAUGCGAAAUCGAGCGUAAGGUCUUCGAGCCCAUCCUGGUCGAGGAGACCAAGAAGUUCUGGCAGCAGCUGCUCGUCGACGAUGCCGAGUUCUCAGCCAGCGGACUCUGUCGCGUCAAUCGAACGAUUCUGACAUCGUUCGCUUCGGCUAUCGCUACCUAUUUGGUCAUACUUAUCCAAUUUCAAAAGACCAACGGCUGAAUCUGGCCAUGAAUUCAUAUUUUUAGU